AUGUUUGUGUGUAAGGUGACUCUGGGUCUGCUGCUGGCCUUGCUGCUGGUUUGCUGUAUUCAAGCUGAGGACAUGUGUGUGUUUGUCUGUUCAGCUUCUGAAUUAUCUGUUGGAGAUCUGCUAGAGAGAGCAAACAGAGGCAUUGUUCGUGAUGCUAGUGAGCCAAAAGUUGUAGGAGAUAUUGCUGUGGAUGAUGAACAUGAUGAGAGGAACGCUGAUCCCUGCACUUCAAGUGGCUGCAUGUGGCCGAAAUCCAGUGAUGGCAAAGUCUAUGUGCCUUAUGUCAUUGCCAACCACUUCACUUCUAGUGAGCUGCAGGUCAUCCAGCGAGGUCUGGAUUCCUUCUCUUCUGUUACAUGCAUUCGUUUUAUUCGACGCUCUAACCAGAGGGAUUACAUCAGUAUUGAGUCUCGCAGUGGAUGUUAUUCCUACGUUGGACGUCGUGGGUACAGCCAAACUGUGUCUCUCGACCGAAAUGGUUGUAUUUAUCAUAACACAGUUCAGCAUGAGCUUCUUCAUGCUCUGGGGUUCAACCAUGAACAGUGUCGCAAUGACCGAGACAAUCACAUCCGUGUUGUGUGGGAGAACAUCAUUGAUAGCUAUAAAUAUGCCUUUGACAAGAUCGCCACUCUGAACCAGGGAACUCCUUAUGACUACAACUCAGUCAUGCAGUACCACAGAACUGCUUUCUCUAAGAAUGGCCAAGCCACCAUGGUCCCCAUCCCCAACAGCAAUGUUGCCUUUGGCCAGGCCACUCAGAUGAGCCAAAAUGACAUCAAACGAGUGAAUAAUCUCUACAGAUGCUAAGAACUUCAUUCAAUCACAAGCAGAGUGUUUAUGACCAAUAUACAAAAAUCUCUUCCUGACAACAUUUUACUCUUUUGUCUGUGUAAUUAACAGAAUGUAUAUACCCACAGAAAUAUUAAAAAGCUGUGUCAUACACACACACACACACACACACACACAAAAUAUUCUUAUAGCACGGUCAUCUUCAGAAUAAUUACCUUGUUAAAUAUGGGUGAUGGUCUUUGUCAUUAAUUUUCUGUAAUUGUAACUGAAAUUCUGAGAUAAAUGUGAUCUUCAAUUCAAGUAAAUUCACAUAACAAAAUGCAUUCUCAGAAAAUAAAGGCUAGAUGUCACUAUUA